AUGAAGAAAGCAUGGGCUCAACUGGAGCGUGUCUUGCAGCCUUCGUCGUCACGGGUAAAUCGUUCCUUGAUCACACAACAAUUGGAGGCGUUGUACGCACUGCCGAUUAACUGCGAGGCGGCGUGCCGCUGGGAAGAUGCGCAGCGGUUGUUCCUACGGUGCAAUGGCCAUCGUCCCUAUUAUGCAGGGAUAAUGGACCAAAGUACCGAUAACCGUCUGGCAGUCGCCUCCUUUGAAGAAAAUAUGCUUGCGCUUCAGCAGCGGGGACUGGUUUGUACAACAGUAGGGGACAAGGCGCCACCGUGUGUUGGUGGUGGACAAACUUCAAGAGGACUUUGCCGUCGUUCUUCCAUUGUUUGUGUUAAUGUGGGUUCGUGCGCUGACCUUGAUUUGAACAUGCAUGAGGAUUGUGAUGAGACGCUUCUCACACUGCUCCACGGUGUUGUAGUUCCUUACUUACACUUUCGAAUAGUUUAUGGGGCUGGUGUCUCACCUCCUUUGGUUCCUCGUGCUCCGGGGCCCGCCAUUUGCGGAGCAUCGCACGACUUAUCGUUACAAAACGAAUUGCAUAUUGACUCGUGUGUCGCCCUUCUUCACCCAAGGGGAUUGUGUAGCUCCAAUUGCAACAAUAAGGCGUAUCGUACUGCUGCAACCCUCGUAAGGGGCGCUGUGUCACUUGCCACCAGUGACACGUUACUACAUCAGCGCCAAGAUGGCUGCUUUACCUUGCAUCCGGACGCUAUGAAACUGGGAUCUCCCCGCCUCUUUGCGCUGCAACUCUGGUGGAAUAAAGAAGUUGGACCGCUCAUACAACGUGGUGUGGAACAAAGUGUUAAGACUGAUGAAGUACUCUCCGGUGCGUGGAUUGAGGUGGCCCGAAAGCGCGUGGAAGAACUGGUGGAGAGGGGUGGUGAUGAUCUUCCCCAGCCGCUACGGAACAUGACGAGGGAUGAUGUAGCGGCAUUCGCGGCAGAUGCGACGCUCUGCUGGACCUUGAGUGCAUUUGACUGCAACUACAAGCGUCUUGGGCCAGCUCAACCGGCCUGCCGCCUACAGUUUUCGGAAGAAGCGCGGUUGUCCAUGGCGCUGGAGUUGAUGCAAACAGUCAAGGCUUCAUUGGUUAAGCAGCCGACGGGUAUACCGAUUAGUGAAUUAUCUGCUACGGUAUGUUGGCCCGCUGCUUCAGCUUGGAUAGGUGAGAAAAGUCUCACAGAGGCCUUAACACAGUUCCCCGCACACUUUAAUGUGGUAAAUGUGGAAGGGAAACUGGUCGUUAUGCACGGGCACCUCACCGGACCGUCUGAUAACGUUACCGCCGAAGAGGUAAGUGAGUGGUUGGCAGCGGGACAUAGUGAGGGGUUGCAAAAGCCCUGUGUUGCUGCCUCACCAUCAGAUCUUACAUUUCAUCGCGAGACGGAUCUCGUAGUGCGUGCUGUGGCGUUUCUGAGAAAACGACACUUUGGUAACGUUCCUGUAACUUAUGGAGAGUUGUGCGGCGCUCUUCUACCGAAGAACAAUGGCAAAAACGACGGCGAUAGUGACACAUUGUUAAAUGUGCUACUUCGUUAUGAUGUCCUCGCUGCAGAUACUGCCAAAGGUGAUUCUAGUAUCAACAUUCAAUGUGGCUUGAGGGAUGGUGAUGCCGUUCGGUUGUCAGUGCGGGAGGAUCGGGCUCUACGAGCAUUUGAAGCCUUUCGUACAACAUCAAGAAGUGCCUUUCAGCUCUAUACAGAGGCGAUUGAACCUUUUUUCACCUGUUGCAGGGGUGCUAUGCGUGAGAACGGUAGCUGUGUGGUUCCACUUACCCUACUGGAACGCUGGUUGCAGGUGGAACGGCUUUCGCUGCAAUCCAAAGAGCUCCUGGACAUUUUGCGCUCCGCCGAAGGACCUUAUCGGAUUGACGAGGAGCUGUGCAAUGUUGUGUUGACAAAUCACACAGCGAAAGGCGAGGUUUUGACUCCUGCGUUUUCCUUGCCCGCCACUCCGCCUCCGCCUCCACCUCCUGCCGUUUCCUCUCGGUUAACUUUUGAGGCUCAGAUCUCCCGAGUGCUAAAAACACAGAGGCCGGAUCGACUUUUGCAUUUUGUUCAGACUAUUCUGCACGCUGUGUUUGACCUGAUUUUGCCCCAUGUUUCUGCCCCUUCGGGCGUCCCAGUUCGCAGGUUAAUGCGCCGCAUUCGUUGGGGUUCUUUUGUGGUGACUCUCGGUUCGCUUACUUCCUUUGUGGAGGCAUUUGAUGGUUUGUUUUUUGAAGUGCUGUCAAACGCAUCAUCACACGGGGAGGAGAAAAGGGAUGAUGUGGACCUUAUUGUUUCGGCGUACAAAGGGCCGGUCAGUCCAUGGCUGCUCUAUGCUCGCCUCAUUGUACGUCUUUUUCCCGCUGAUGUGGAUAUUCCGUUGGGGUUGAUAGCUGAGGCCCUCUCUUGGAGUUCGCGUUUCGCCCCGAUGUUCGGCGACCUUCCAUCGCUGUUGCGUCGCGUCGGCCGUCAGUGCCGGAAUGGGCAACUCCUCGCGAAGGUGGAGAUGGUUCGGCCCGUCUGCGACCAGGAUGAUGCGUGCCUCUGGGAGCUGCUAGCGAAAAUUAGAAGGGAGGCUCAUUUACAUCACCUGGAGCGUGGUAGCGGGGAAACGGGGCAGUACGUCUUGCUAAGUGAGACCGAACUGUAUGCGUAUUUACCUAAUGACGUGAAGGGUGAGCGCUGGAACUCUACAGUGAAAGAAGAAGGGGCAAGGUGCCUGGCUACGACGGCGGUACAUCGUUUACCACAUUUUUUUGAGUGGCACGUCGAUAAUACGGAUACGACAACUCGUUAUGUGCGAGUUGUACUCCCAUUUUCCACUCCUCCUACAGGUGUUGUUUGCUUUGUAGAGGAGUACGUCUGCCCAUUGCUCCGACAACACAAACAGACAACUAUUGCUGAGCUGGAUGAGCAAUUGGGUUGGUCACAUGGUGCAUUUGACGCUCACCCUGCCGGUUCACAAGCUGCUGGUGGCACACCUAGUGCAACCUCACUUUGUGGUCUCCUAAGGCGUUAUGUCGAAUCCAUGCAUUCACCAAAGAUAAUCUUGGAGCCGCAGGAAACUACGCUAUCACCACUCCACCAUCAUGUUCAUGUGAUGCCCAAUCCAGCCGUGUACACCAGCCCGGAGGAUAUGUUGCUUCUGCUAAAUGGUUUGCGGAUUUCAAAUGAAGGGAUUACUCGAGUUCUGCCUACUCACAAGCCUGUUUCACUCUUUGAAUUAAUUUCACAGCAACUGGAUUUACACCAGCCAUUCCGUGAGGGCUUGACAACUCUGGAGAGGGGAUCUAGGUGGAAUGUUAUGCUCGCCUGCGAGAGUGACUCCAUGGAUGAUUGCCUGCAAGAGCUCGAUAACUGUACAGGUGAUAUCUUAGUUUGGUGCGAAGGCUAA